CUAACCAAUUGUAAUAUCUCUUUUGCAGAUGGCAUUGACUUAUCUGUAAAUAAAUCGGUUAAAUCAGAUAAGUCUGGCCUAGCCCAUCAGGAGGAGUCCUUUUGGAGCAUUUUAGGCCGUCUACCCAAUGUGCAACCAGCAUCUCCCUCACAAAAAACUAAUUUGGAUUCCCUUAACAAAAGAAAUACCUCGAUCCACAGCACACUUCUAGCGGCAACCACGAUAAAUAAAGCGGGCCAAAAACGCCGUAAGUCUGGAUUUCAGGCUGGAAUCACAGUCGGCUACACCUAUGAUGCCUUCUUUGUAUCUGAUGGUCGAUCGAGAAAACGCAAAUGUGCGGAGCCUAGUGAAGGCAUCACGGUACCUUCUUCUUCCUCUUCCGAGUCCUCUGAAUGUGCUUCCAGAGUUUCAACACCAUUGCAGACAUCUCUGCCACCUCGUUUUACCUGCAGCGAAUGUGGUAAGCACUAUGCAACCUCCUCCAAUCUCAGUCGGCACAAACAGACGCACAGGAGCUUGGACAGUCAAUUAGCAAAAAAGUGUCCCCAUUGUGGUAAACUUUAUGUCUCAAUGCCAGCGCUUUCCAUGCACAUACUGACCCAUAACCUAAAACACCAGUGUGAUAUUUGCGGGAAGGCCUUUAGUCGGCCCUGGCUCUUACAAGGACAUCGGCGCGCCCACACAGGUGAGAAGCCAUACGGCUGUGCUCAUUGUGGGCGAGCCUUUGCAGAUCGUUCUAAUCUUCGGGCUCAUAUGCAAACUCACUCCGCUCUUCGACUCCAUGAAUGCACACACUGUAAGAAACAGUUCGCUUUGAGGGCCUACCUAAACAAGCAUUUGGAAACGUGUGGGCGAAAUACCGUCUCGGUCUCCUCUUCCUCCUCCGUAACUAAUACAUCCGAGCAGAGAACUUCUGCUGAACAGAAACCUAUUUUGCCGUUAAGUAUAGCAGCAUUGGUUGGAGACUGUUAG